GAUCAAUGAAUUGAAUUAUUUAUUUGAAAUCAAGUCUAAAGUUCGUUAAAGUGAUAAAUUGUGAAAUAUAGCAGAUUUAAUACACAAUAUACUGAAUCAACACAAAUCAACAUUUGAUUAGAUUUCAAAUUAUCGAUCAUUUAUUGUAAACACUUGUGAUUUGUGACCAAAACUUAACUAUAUUUAAAUCAAUCACUUCUUGGAAACGACACAAAUUGACUGUUAAAGUGAAGCACUUCUUUAGAACCACUUCUAACGGGAAUUCAAUGGAAAGACGUGUCGGAAGCGAACACUUGGAUCUGUAUUUGAGUGAUUCUAAUCUCGAAGAAGGUAUCACUCAAGUGAUCAAAUCUGUGAGACCCGAGUGGCCAGAGCUGCCCGACAUUAAACUCAAAGUCUUUACGGAUGGCAUCACUAACCGUUUAGUUGGUGUCUAUUUGGAGAAGAGUCCCAAUGAUAUGGUUUUGAUUCGAGUCUACGGCGAGAAGACUGAGCUCUUUAUUGAUAGAAAGCAAGAGCUGAGGAAUAUGAGGACAAUGUAUAAGUCAGGACUCAUUCCCCCCUUCUAUUGUUCCUUCAAUAAUGGCAUCUGUUAUGGCUAUUCGCCCGGAAUAGUAUUGGACGAGAAUCUGGUUAGGGAUCCACUCAUCUCCAGACUCAUCAGCGAAAUGUUGGCCCGAAUGCAUACAAUUAAGCCACAAGUGAACCGCUGCCACGAGAUGAAGGACUGUGCGCUCGAAGCCGAGCCCUCGCUAUUCAGAUCCCUUCGAAAGUUUCUCGACUUAAUUCCCGGCGCCUUAAAAGACACUCAACGAGACAAACGAUUUAAGAAAUUCAUACCAAAGAAACAAAAUCUUAUCUCUGAAGUGAAUUGCCUUGAGUUGAGUCUAAAGAAGUUGUUCUCUCCGGUCGUGUUUUGUCACAACGACUUAUUGCUGAAGAAUAUUGUGUUCAAUUCGGAUAAGAGCGCCGUUACUUUCAUAGACUUCGAAUACGCCGAUUACAACUACCAGGCCUUUGACAUCGCCAAUCACUUCUGCGAGUUCGCGGGGGUCGACACAUUCAACCCAAGCCUAUACCCGAACAAAGAGUUCCAGAUUCGAUGGCUCCGACACUAUUUGGAGGCGUGGGUCGCAUUCAAGAACCGUUCGCUUGUGACUAAUCCUAUAGAGAGACCGUCCAUUGAGAAGGAGAUCGAGACUCUCUACCAUCAGGUGAAUCAGUUCGCAAUGGCCUCUCACUUACUAUGGGGUCUGUGGGCCAUCGUUCAGGCCGAGCACUCCACCAUUAACUUCGAUUACUUGGGGUAUGCCGUACAACGGCUCCGGGAGUACUAUAAACUUAAAGAGGAACUUCUUAUUAAUGAUGAGAUCUAUCAUUGAUUGCCUCUGAGACCAAAGUUUUCUAGUCCUAAAUCCCAAUUCACAAUACAAUUUGUAAGAAAGUUUGUAUUAAAUAGCAAAAUCUCAUUCCAUAUGAAAAGCAACACUUUGUGUUCAUUUAAAUGUUGAAUAAUUUUAUUUCUUUAAAUUUUAGGUUUAGUUUUGUAGGUUUACAAUGUUUUUCAUGUUUUAUUUAUC